GCGGAACCUUACGGUCGGGUGGUCUCAAAGUUAGUUCGAUCAUAUCCAAAUAUGAUAGUGCUGUAGUUACAAGCAAUUAAAAAAAUGAAAUUACUAAGAGCUGCGACACGUGUAAUUAGUAGUUCGAGUCAGCAACAACAAAGUGUGUUUGGCGCAAUUGAAAAAAGUCAAUGUAAAGAAUGGAUAAAUGCUGUGCCCUAUGAUGAGGUUCCUGGACCAAAACCUCUGCCUUUUUUGGGCAAUACUUGGAGGUUUAUCCCUUACAUAGGCGAUUUUCAAAUCGAACACAUCGACAAAGUUUCAAAAAAAUUGUACGAAAAAUAUGGUAAAAUUGUCAAAAUGCAAGGCUUGUUAGGACGUCCUGAUAUGCUCUUCCUCUUCGAUCCCGACGAAAUCGAGAAAGUUUUUCGCCAAGAAGACACUCUUCCCUUUCGCCCAUCCAUGCCCUCACUCGAUUAUUACAAACACGUCUACCGAAAAGAAUUUUUUGGCGACAAUUGUGGAAUAAUCGCGGUACAUGGCGACAAAUGGCAGAACUUUAGGUCGAAAGUUAACCAGAUUAUGUUACAACCACGAGUUACUCGGAUGUAUGUCAAGUCCAUUGAGACGACAUCUCAAGAAUUGGUCGACAGGAUUGAAGUAAUUAAGAAUGAGAAAAACCAAGUGCCUGAUGAUUUUCUCAACGAGAUUCACAAGUGGUCUUUGGAGUCUAUCGCCAAAAUCGCACUUGAUGUCAGACUGGGUUGCCUGGACUCCGACGCCCACCCCGACACUCAAAAAUUAAUCAACGCAAUCAAUACCUUUUUCAUGAACGUUCCGGUUUUGGAACUGAAAAUCCCGUUUUGGAAAAUCUGGAAUACACCAACUUUUAAAGAAUAUUUGAACGCUUUGGAUACAAUACGAGAAAUAACAUUAAAACAUGUUGACAUUGCUUUGCAUAAUUUAUCCCAAGACUAUUCUGACGAGCUUUCAGUGUUACAACGAGUUCUAAAAAUGGAAAACGAUGCUAAAACAGCAUCCAAUUUAGCAUUGGACAUGUUUCUCGUCGGAAUUGACACCACCUCAAACGCGGUAGCGUCAAUGCUCUACCAACUCUCGCUGCAUCAGGAAAAGCAGGCUAAACUCUAUGAAGAAAUUAAAAAUCUUCUACCGUAUAAAUCCACGCAAAUAUCUCACGAGAAAUUAGACCAAAUGGAUUACCUGAAAGCGUGUGUUAAAGAAACUAUGAGAAUGUAUCCGGUGGUGAUUGGUAAUGGCAGAUGUACAACAAGAGAUCGGGUAAUUGGAGGUUAUCAGAUACCAAAAGGCGUACAAGUGAUAUUUCAACACUGCGUCAUUAGCAAUCUAGAGGAAUACUUUCCACGAAGUGGUGAGUUUCUCCCAGAAAGGUGGCUAAAAAACUCAGAACUAUUUCGCAACCAUCAUCCAUUCGCAUCGUUACCAUUUGGGUUUGGCAAAAGGAUGUGUCUAGGACGGAGGUUUGCGGAUUUAGAAAUACAAACAGUCAUAGCCAAGAUUGUGCGUAAUUUCAAAAUCGAAUACCAUCACGGCAAGCUUGAUUACCAUAUUCAUCCCAUGUACACUCCUAAUGGACCUUUAAGAUUGACGUUCAUUCGCCGACAGUAAAGUUCACGAAGAUCAUUAUUGUUACUUUUUGCCAAUAAAAUUCAUUUUCACCUUA